AUGGCCUUGUGUACUGUUUUAUCUAGUCAACCAUACAAGGCAAUAUUCAACUUCGGUGACUCCCUUAGUGACACUGGAAAUUACCUUGUCUCUGGUGCCCUUGUUGUGCCUUGGCCCGUUCCCCCGUCAUUCCUAGCCAUCGGAAACCUCCCUUAUGGAGAGACAUUUUUCAAACAUGCAACCGGCCGAUGCUCUGAUGGACGACUCAUCGUUGAUUUCACUGCUGAGGUAUUUCGGGUACCAUAUUUGCCGCCCUAUCUUGCCCUAAAUAAUGGCCAACAUUAUAAUUGUGACCAUGGAGUAAACUUUGCUGUUGCUGGAGCCACUGCACUUUCCCCGGAAUUCUUUUGCCAAAGAAAUAUAGGAUCUAGUUUGUGGACAAACGAUUCCCUGAGCACUCAGCUUGGUUGGUUUAAGAAGCUUAAGCCCUCACUUUGCAACACCAAACAAGAGUGUGACAUCUACUUCAAGAAGGCUCUCUUUCUGGUGGGAGAGAUAGGUGGAAACGAUUACAAUUGCCCUUUCUUUUCUGGUUGGAGCAUUAGACAGGUCAAAAUUUUAGUCCCAUUUGUUGUUGAGGCAGUUUCUAAAGCCACAAAUGCGUUGAUAGAAGGAGCAGUGGAGUUGGUGGUGCCUGGAAAUUUGCCAAUUGGGUGCUCAGCUAUGUACCUCACAAUAUUUCAAAACCCUAACGAAUCUUUUCAGAGUAAAUUGUAG